AGGGAAGCAGGGGUGUGUUCAGGCCUGUCGUAUCAAUGCGGAAGUAGCUGUGACAGGUCCAGGAAGGCAGACAAAGGUGUGGCCUCGCCAUGACAGCAACACAGUGUGCAGGUAGAUAAGACACAGUGUGAUAACAGCACUGAUCUUCUCUACUAGAGUGACUGCCUUCACUUGGACAAUGGAGCAAACGGUCCUGUUGUUGAUCCUCAUACUGUAUGCAUCUCCAGAGCUUCAAGUGAGCCAUGGUCAUACCUUUGGAGAGGGGACAGACUUUGAGGUGGUUCGACCUGUUAAAAUACACGCCAUAAGAAAGAGACAUAUAGAGCAGAGUCUCAGGCCUGAAACUGUUAAUUAUGCAAUCACUCUGGGAGGAAGAGACAUUGAAAUGCAACUUCAGAAAAAUAAUGAAUUACUAACCAAAGAGUACACUGAGACAUACUACCAAGAAGAUGGGGCCCGGGUCACUGCAACUCCUAAUGACAUUGACCAUUGCUAUUAUCAUGGGAGGAUUUUGCAUGACACUGAGUCAUCUGUUAGCAUCAGCACUUGUGAUGGACUCAGGGGUUACUUCAGAACCUCUGAACAGAGAUACCAGAUUGAGCCCCUCUCUGGUAGCGAUGAGGGAGACCAUGCUGUGACCACAUUGAAUGAGAGGAACUACACACCUGCAGUGUGUGGAGUUACCAACACCAGUUGGAGUACUGACUUCGAACCACCAACAAGCCGCAGCCGAUCCAGAUCAGGGAGAAUAUCUCUGCUUCAGCAACAAAAGUACAUUGAGCUCUUCCUUGUUGCUGAUAACCGUGAGUUUUUGAAGAUGAAGCGAGAUCAGACAGCGCUGAGAAAGAGAAUGUUUGAAAUUGUUAACUUCGUGAAUUUGGCUUACAAGUCCCUGAAUACCUUUAUUGCUCUGGUGGGAUUGGAGAUCUGGUCAAACAGGGACUUUAUUAAAGUGACCCCGCCUGCUGGGGCUAACCUGAAUGCUUUCAGGGAGUGGAGAAACUCCGACCUGAUCAAAAGGAAAAAACAUGACAUGGCUCAUCUGAUCAGUGCUAUUGACUUUGAGGGAGCAACUGUGGGGCUGGCUUAUAUUGGGACACUCUGCUCAGGUCACUCUGUUGGAGUAGUACAGGAUCACACUGAGAGGGCAAUUGCAGUGGGAGCAACUCUGGCUCAUGAGAUGGGCCAUAACCUGGGCAUGGACCAUGACGACUCCAGUGGCUGUGCUUGUGGAGGGGAUAGCUGCAUCAUGGCGGCAGCACUUAGCUGGAAUGUUCCCCGGUCUUUCAGUAGCUGCAGCAGUAGCAACUAUGAGAAAUACCUGACGAGCCGCAGCCCCAGCUGCAUGCAAGACAUACCUGACUACAGGAGUCUCGUGGCCCCUGCAGUCUGUGGAAACGGUUUUGUGGAGAAAGGAGAGCAGUGUGACUGUGGGACUCUUGAGGAAUGCACCAACCCAUGCUGCAAUGCCACAACAUGCACUCUAAAGGAGGGUUCUCAGUGUGCUGAAGGAGAGUGCUGUGAGAGCUGUAAGAUCUUGCCUCGGUCCUGGGAGUGUCGCAGGAAGCAGGAUGAAUGUGAUCUGCCAGAGUACUGUGAUGGGAAGAGGGCCACUUGUCCUGAAGAUGUCUUUGCUGUGAAUGGUCUUGAAUGUGAUGGAGGCCUGGGAUACUGCUACAAUGGCCAGUGUCCACAGAGGCCAAGCCAAUGCACCAGGAUGUAUGGUUACGGUGCUACAGAGGCCCGUUCAUCCUGCUAUAACCAGAACAAAAGAGGUACCUACUAUGCUUUCUGCAGACGUCCCUCAAAGGACCAGUACAUCCCCUGCCAGAUAGAGGAUGUGUUUUGUGGAAAGCUCUUUUGUCAGAAUGGUCAGGAAAACCCAAACUAUGGUCGAAUGGUCCGGGUGGGUGAUUGUAAGGCAGCUUUCUUUGGGGACCACGACAAAGACUAUGGCCAGGUGGAUGCUGGGACUAAAUGUGGUGAUGGAAAGGUUUGCAGCCAGAAUGAGUGCAUGGAAGUUGAGGCGGCCUACAGAAAUAUCAACUGUUCAGCCAAAUGUCCAGGACAUGCUGUGUGUAAUCACAGGAGUGAGUGUCAGUGUGAGCCGGGUUGGAUGCCUCCUCUCUGCAACUCAGAGGAUGAAAGUUCAAGUUCUCUCUCAACAGGAGCGACCAUUGCCAUUGUUCUGACAGUCAUACUAGUGGUUUUAGGAAUUAUUGCUGGUGUGGCAGGGUUCAUCUGGAAAAAACGACAGAGUCCCAUUUUACCAACCGCACGCACCCAGAAGAGACAGCAUGAAGUGGGCCAUGCUUACCGCCCACACCAAGGGACUGUUCCAAGUCAGCCUUCUCCACAGGUUGGACCUUUAAAGCCCAAAGGAGCUCCCCCUCCUCCUCCCCCAGCAGGAAACAGACCUAAACCGCAGAGCCAGAGCUACACAGCUGCACGCCAGGCUCUGAGGCCUGUUCCACCACCAAAGGUCUGACACAGUGCCACCUGCUGGUGACAAGGGGAGAAUCUUUUUGUUCAUAGACGGGGACUGCAGGCAAUCCAGAGACACAGAGAAAAGAUUAUCAUAAAGUUUGACUGUCUUGUUUGUUCCCUCUGCAGUUUUAUUUUACUGCGGUGUUGUAAUGAGCAUCAGGAACAUAACAGGGACAGUGGAGGGGAAGACUGAACUUCUCAUUGUUAUUUUUCGCUCCAGACUGAGGUCUUUUUUUUAUAAACCUUAUUUUUAAGGGACUUAUGUGUAAGAUAUAUUGACCUGAAGUGAGCCGCACUGUACUGUAUAUGAUGUUGUUUUUUAUUACUAUGGUAAAGAAUUUUGCACAAGAAUGUG